GUCAGACUCCUGGGAGGGAGGGGGUUUCUAGAUUUGUGUGAAUUUGAUAUCCUUAAUCACGGGAACUUUUCCAACUAGCAGGAGGCGGUUUGUAAGGAACAGAUGAUUGACAGGCCCCCGAUGACAUCAUGGUACGACAAAAAGAGUCGCUGGAGAGAAGGCACCAACCAAUUGGACCUUUACGGAGCGGCGCGCAGAGGAGAGGAGACGCAGCGCGCAGAGGAGUGACUCUGAGGGGGCAUCUUUCCUCAACAGCAGACUUUUCAAUUCUUCUUUUCCAUUUGAUUUUUACGUUUUCACAUUGCGUUCAAACAUCUCUGCUCUCGUAUCGGUUAUGCCUGCGCAAAGCCGCUUUCCCAUAGAGCUCACUUAAGGCUUUUUUUGUUCCUUUUUUCCCCUCCGUGCUAACCGAAGCUGUCGAAAAUAUGUGCGAGAGGCGAUCCGUGCAUGCGGGUAAGGGCUGUCUGUGGUCCCCCAAGGAGAAACAAAGUGGAUUAAACUGGAGUUAAUGUGGAAUUUAUCGGAGCUCAAAGGCGGAACCAAGACCGGACACAGCGCUUCCUCGUCAGGUGUCGCUGGAAGGAGCUGCGGGACUCAUCCCCGAGGUCGGCCGAAGGAGGUACAGCGAGUCAGGGAGGCAGAGCGCAGGGCAGUCGGACAGCUUCCUCCACGAGUUCGAGCUUCGGCUUCUCAACAUGUUCGGGCUGGGGCGCAGGCCCACCCCCAGCAAGCAGGCUGUGGUGCCGCAGUACAUGCUGGACCUUUACCACAUGCACUCUGCGCACGGGGAGCACAGCGCCAGGCGUCCCAGGAGCAUGGGAAAACACGCGGAGAGAGCCGCCAGCAGGGCCAACACGAUUAGAAGCUUUCACCAUGAAGAAGCGAUGGAGGCCCUGGCCAGUCUGAAGGGCAAAACAACCCAGCAGUUCUACUUUAACCUCACCUCCGUUCCCGAGAAGGAGCUCAUCACCUCUGCAGAGCUGCGCAUUUACAGGGAUCAGGUGAAAGGGGGCGCAAACAGCAGCAACAGCAGCACGCCUGGUGCCGGUGGCGUCCACCGCAUCAACAUUUAUGAGAUGUUUGGACUUCCUGCUUCAAAAGGCACAGACCCUCUGGUGCGUCUGCUGGACACCCGGCUGGUACAGGACUCUUUAAGCCGCUGGGAAAGCUUCGACGUCAGCCCCGCCGUGUCCAAGUGGACCUCGGGGAAAGGCCACAACCACGGCUUCAUGGUGGAGGUGCUUCACCCAGGAGAAGGGGACGGUGAGCACGGGCAAAGACAAAAAAGGCACGUCAGGGUGAGCCGGUCCUUGCACCAGGACCAGGACUCGUGGCCUCAGGUGCGGCCGUUGUUGGUGACGUACGGUCACGACGGCCGCGGGGACUCUGUGCUCCAUACAAGGGAAAAAAGGCAAGCAUCCCUCCGCAAGCAGCGCAGGAAAAACCAUCACAAAGCCAGCUGCAAGAGGCACGUUUUGUAUGUGGAUUUCAGCGAUGUGGGAUGGAACGAGUGGAUAGUGGCACCCCCUGGCUACGAUGCCUUUUAUUGCCACGGGGAAUGCCCCUUCCCCUUACCAGACCACCUCAAUGCAACCAAUCAUGCCGUAGUGCAGACUCUUGUCAACUCGGUCAACUCGAACAUCCCCAAAGCCUGCUGUGUGCCCACUGAACUCAGCCCCAUCUCCCUGCUCUACCUGGAUGAGUUCGAGAAAGUGACUCUGAAAAACUACCAGGACAUGGUGGUGGACGGCUGCGGCUGCCGGUGAAAAACCCACGCUUCAAUAGCUGUUAUGGACACCCAGUUUCCCAACAAAGACAUUUAUUUAUAUGAGAGAAACUCAUAUCAGAGAUAGAAAAAAAAAAUAUAUAUGAAUAUAUUUAUGUCUACAUAAAGUUGGGAAAAGAAAUAAAUAUUUCAAUCAAAGGAAUUUUCCUUUACUGGUUUUGACCAUGUAUUUCUGAUGUACAUUUUGAAAUGGGUGCAAUACCACAUGAAGUAUAUUGUUCAGAUUUUUAUUUUGUAUUUAUUUCUAUUAUAACCACUUCCCUUGUAAAUAAAUUAUGUGUAUUUAUCGUGGAAAGAAGA